AUGGAAUUUGCAAUCGCUGGUGCAUCAGCAAUGGGGGCCUGUUGUUUCACAAACCCCCUGGAAGUUCUGAAAACUCGUAUGCAGCUACAAGGUGAACUAAAAGCUAAGGGCCAGCAUGCUGUUCAUUACAAAAAUGUCUUGCAUGCUGGAUACACUGUUGCUAAAAAUGAUGGGAUUCUAGCCCUCCAAAAGGGUCUAGUCCCAGCCCUCUGGGUACAGUUGGUUUUGAAUGGAAUGAGAUUAGGGAUAUACCAGUUUGCUGAUAAUAAUGGGAUUAUCAGGAACAAAGAUGGCAAACUUAUUUUUCAUAAGACUGUCUUGGUAGCUGGCAUAGGGGGAGCCCUAGGUGGAAUAAUGUGCAGCCCUUGGUUCUUAGUAAAAACACAUAUUCAAGCUCAAGCUUCAUCUUCUAUUGCUGUGGGGUAUCAGCACAGUCACCAAGGGAUGUUGGAAGCCUUUUCAACAAUCUUUAAACAACAUGGGAUAAGAGGACUUUUUAGAGGAGUGCUAUCUUCAAUACCAAGAUCUUUUGUUGGAGCUUCAUCACAACUGAUAGGCUUUGAUUAUGCCAAGGAAUGGCUCCUCACAUAUGAAUACUUCAGAGACAAAAAAAUUCUCACAGCAUUUUUGAGCAGUUUGGUUGGUGGAGUCACAAUCAGUAUAGCCAUGACACCUUUUGACCUGGUCAUGACUCGAUUGUACAAUCAGCCUGUUGAUGCUACAGGAAAGGGUAAAUUAUAUGCCAGCUACAUGGACUGUGUCAGCAAGAUUUACAGAUCUGAAGGGGUAGCUGCGUUUUAUAAAGGUGUGGGUCCUAUGUAUUUGAGGUUAGGUCCACACACUGUGUUAUGCCUAGUAUUCUGGGAUGGAUUGAAUAAUGCAUAUAAUAACUUUACUCAGCCGAAGUUGAGUACCAUCAAGCAAUAAUUGAAAUAA